CUCGAGUUGGUACAACGUCUAUUCAAUCAGAGUUGUGGUUAUUGUAUUGUGCACUUGAUUUGCUCAUGCAGUGCUCCAUACAAACACCUUGUUCGUAACACCCUGUACUUCAUGUGGAAUCAACUAUUGAACCGCCGUUCACAUUGCGUGUUGUAGCCUAUUGGGACACUCGGAAGGGAAUCCACCAGCUAAACUUUACAGCAUGUAGAACUUUUGCACGGUAAAACUUCAUCCACAGGGAUGGCAGAAGGAGGCGAUCCCUUAGCAUUGUUGGAUAAAUUCGGAGAAGACUAUUUAAACUGCACGAUAUGUCACGAGCGGUACAACCGGCCUAAAAUACUAAACUGCCUGCAUAGUUUUUGUGAGGGAUGUCUGGUCAAGUACAAGCCCUCCCAGGGACAGGUCAAGCUUUCAUGUCCGGUUUGCCGGCAGGAGACCGUGAUCCACGACGGAGGAGUGAUUGGACUCAAGACGAACUUCCCACUGAUGGGUAUGGUGGAAGCCUUCUUGAAAUCGUUGACCCUCACAUCAAGCAGGUCUUCUUCCUUAAUAAGUUCUACUCCACCGGAGUCAUUCUCAUCUCCGGCUCCUAGCAUCGUGCAAGAAUGUCGGAAGCACCCAGGAGAGAAGACCUGGUUCUACUGUUGGCCUUGCCAGGACCUGGUCUGCCACGUCUGCACUGCGAAGACCCACCAACAGCACGAGUUCCAAGAGAUCGACGAAGCUGCUGCUAACUGCAAAGACUCUUUGCAGAGCUACUUCCCGCAGAUCAAGAACAUCUUGGAAGACGUCGAAGGAGAGUUAGAGGUCUCUGGAAGGGUGAAUCAACUUCUAGCUUCGACGGCAGAGGCGAGCAAACAAGAGGUCGAAGAACGCACCAACGCAGCCAUCGCUAAGGUCAUGGCUUCCCGACAAGAUAUCCUGGACCUGAUCAGCGCGGUCGAGACGAAAACAACGAAGGAGGUGAAAGAGAGACUGAAGCGUCUGACAACACUCCGGGACAGGAUGCAACACUCUCUGAAGCUCUCAGAGCACCUGACGAAGAGCGCCUCUGCUGAGGAUAUCCUCUCACUCUUCCCCAUCAUACAAACCGAUCUUAAGAGGCUCAGCGACAACCAGCAUACACAAACAGAGAUCAAGACAACACAACCAGUCUCAUUCAUGAAGCUUUUGUCGACGACCCCCGUUGAAGCCCCCCUCGGGAAGCUCGUCGUCAAGACAGAACUUUUGGAGAUGGACAGACGAGUUGGAAAGACAGGCGGUGAUAAAGAGGAUUUCGACGGCGCAAGAGGGAUCACCUUGCUGGCUGAUGGAUGUGUCGCAGUAGCGGACUUGGGGAUGUGGACUAAGGGGAUAACCUUGUUCACACCGGAGUGGGUGUACAAACACUCAAUCAAGUUUCCAAAUAAACCAAGGGACGUAGCAGCUGUAAAUGACUCCAUGGUGGUCGCAGACAACACCGAUGCAGUGAAAGUGUACAACGCGAACCGACUCGCCUUUCAGUUCAAGACAACACCGCCGGAAGAAGGCGCCAAAGUCUCGGUAAACCUCGUCAGUGUCGCUGCCAAGAACAACACUCUCGUAGUCGGGGAUGUCAAGAGGCAGGUCAUCACCCAACACAGUGCUACCGAUGGGAAGCUGUGGGGAACUGUACACACGAGUAUCCCACCUUACUUCGUGGAUGUUAACGACGACGGGCAUGUACUUAUCAGCGGACUGGACACGGGGAAGAUCGAAGAGAUCGACGGCGAGGGUGAGACGGUAUUCACGCUGAGUCCGGGCCUCGCCGGAGAGGAUGUGUCGUGUCGGGGUGUAUGCUAUAAUCCCAACGGGGGAUUUUAUGCGGUUGUGCAGGCGAAGGAUUCGAACCAGGGACAUAUUCAUCAGUACGAGUCGAGUGGGGAGUUUCUUGGGUGUGUUGCCAAGGGUUUAUAUGACCCCAACGGCAUUGCCGUGACAUCAGAGGGUGAAAUUGGCGUGGCGGACUGUUUCUCUGUGAAGGUUUUCAAGAGAAUAUGAAGAGUUAAGGACCGGUUACUUAAAAACACUCAUUGCGGGUCACGCACUACGUAUUCAAAUACUUUACUACCACAAAAGGCUCACACGAUAGCUCGGAUUUUGUGUGUAUAAUAUUGUGUACAAUAUAAUAUUAUAUAUAGCUGACUCGAUCUGGGCCCAAUCGUUAGGUACAGACAAAAAGUAUUGUUGUACAAUUUCUCUCCGAAGCAAUUAUGAGCAGGAUAACAGUCACAAAACAUAGUAGUUUGGCUGGUAACCUUUUUGCAAAGAUUGUUUUUUGUGCUUAGCAUAUUUUGUGUUUAUAUUUUCUAAAAAGGUUUUGAUUUUCUACAAAUGUGUAAAGCUGCUUCUUUAAAAAUUUCAUAUGGGAUGUAUUGGUCGAAUAAAUAAUAAUAAUAAUAAUAGAGGGCUGCUUUAAUCAUGGCGAUACACCUUUAACUUGUGAGCUUAUCUAAAAGUAUCGAAAAUGCUCAGAGCGCGGUUUAAGCAAACCAUAACAAUGAUUGUUUGUAAAUGCACAUGCCUUUUAAUUUGAAGGAAAAAUAGCUAAAUGGAGUCCCAGUUAAAUGAAUGGGAGACUUUCUGGGACGAUAGAGGGCAGCAGACUUACCGGGUAAAUCCAUUGUUCUCAGAAUUAUGCGCAU